CUCCAGCCCCCACCCCACCCCCACUGGGUCUCAUUGAGGGGACAGCCCUGGAGGCUCAGCAUGGGCCCUGCCAGUCACAGCAGCUCACUGCCUAAUUUGCUUCCAUAGCAGAACCCAGAGAUCUCACUGCUGUUUCUCAUGGCCUAGAGGAGGGUAGGAAAGGUCUGUAUCUUCUUUCCUUAUCCAUCUUAUGUCCUAAUGCAGUUCUUCCAGGACCUGGAGUGAAGAUACCUUCAAAUACAAAAUCCGGUAAGACUCGACUUCCGUGGAAACCGAUCCUCAGUGUAUUGGUGAGAGAAGGAGACGCUCACACCAGACGCGUGUCAGUGGGAAAUGACCCGGAGACACCCCGUUAGGCUUCUGUUUUUUAUCAGUUUGGCAUUACAGAGCAUCCACUUGGGAAACAACAGUUAUCAAAGAGAGAAACAUAAAGGUAACAGAGAAGAAAUCAACAAUGCUACAGCCCAGAAGCUCCAGCAGAAAACACUCAGCUGGACCCUGAAUAACGUUGGGGAGGGGAAUGGAAGCAUGGAUGCCUGGAGGCCCCAGGAUUCAAGUCCCUACUUCAGGGCUUUCCAAGGUGCGCCCCCGCGGCCGCGCUGCUGCAGGAAUGGCGGCACCUGCGUGCUGGGCAGCUUCUGCGUAUGCCCCGCCCGCUUCACCGGCCGUUACUGCGAGCACGACCAGAGGCACAGUGAAUGUGGCGCACUAAUGCACGGAGCUUGGACUUUCCACCGCUGCCUUCUUUGCAGGUGUGUCUUCGCAGCCCUGCACUGUCUCCCCCAGCAGACACCGGGCCGCUGCGGUAAGAGGAUCCGCGUCCUGCGCACACAGUCCACGCUCCCAGGACAUUGCUCCUUUGUACCUAGCAAUCCAUAGAGAUGUAGCUGUGCCAGGCGAGACAGAAAUGAGAAGCUGGGUUGACUCAACACUUGGGAAAAUCACAUUUGUUGUGAAUCACAUAGCGUAUUAUCAUUAUUAUUUAAAAUGAUUCCUAAGUUUCCUGUGCCCCCUUUGCUGGGUUUAAAUGUGAUUUCCAACCAGUGUCCUUAAGUGUCCUUUCCGUGAGCUGACUUUGGGGAGCACGCAAGCUGGUAAGCAGAGCCAAGCCUGGCAGAGAGGUUACCGACCUAAUCUCCAGUGAUUUCCCUCUACCAGGGCAAUCCCAUCUCUUCAGGUGUGAAAUGAGGAGGGCACUGGAGCAGGACAGGAACAGGCAGGGAUGGCCAGGGGCCGCCCUUCAGAGCCAAACAGGCAGGGCUCCCAGAGAAGGAAGGUACCUUGUAAAGACAGCUCAGGCCUGCCACGCAUAUUAGAAACCAGGAGGGUGUGGAGAACACAGCGGUGAACAUCAUUUGUGAGAAUUGUGAGCAGUGAGCAAACUCAACGCAAAUGUUUCGCUUGUAAAACUCAGUAAGGAACGUGAAUUUCCUUACUGAGUCAGAAAACAGACAUAACACUCUGCUGUUGACUUUGGGCAGGGCCCAAGGCACACAGGUAAAGAAGGCACAGCAUUUCAGUCCCACAUCCUGCAUCCUCUCCCCUCAUGAGCCUGCUCUGCCUGGACUCCAGUGAGAAGCACAGUGAAUGAAGGCACACCCCUUCAGCCUCUUCAUCAGCCCUGGGGGCCGUGGCUGUGCAGCAAGCAAAGCUCCUAAACCCUCUUUUCUGUUCCUCCGUGCACCUUCUUCAUCUCUGGCCAAAUCCCACCCUUGAAGGGUACACUCACUGAUAUCACAGCCCUUCAAGGCCACUUCCCACCCCUUUGCCCACUGUCAGGGCUGCAGUGGAGGGGCAGCACCGCUGGGGGUAGAGCCCUCCAAACCUGCCAUCCUGGUGGGGCCAG